UUAAUUUAAAAAAUACAACUGGUUCAAGGAAAAGAAAUCAAAUGUGUUUUAAUGGCACCUUUGACUACUGCCUUCAUUAAAGCGAUUCUUUUUCGCAGUUGGCAGUGUUAUAGUGGAGAGUAGAAGAUUUUACAGUAGCCAUGGAAAUGUUCCUAAGAAAACAAGUUCUGUGUUAAAACGUGUUCCAUUUCUUUUUCAACCUACCGUCAUUUGUUCGUGUGAUUAUCUAAAGUAUAAACAGUUGAUGUCAAGAAGACUGUUACGUCGUAGUCAUGUAUUUAAAGUGGAAAAUAAAAACAUGGAGAAACAUCAUGAUGCCAUUUACUCUCACUUGUGUUGUUCCAAUGAUUUGAGCAAUCCAAGGAAACUUUACAGAUAUCCGAUGAAAAUACGUCUUUCAAAGAAAGUGUUUGUACCCGCGUACAACGAUGUCAAUGAUCUCCAAUACCAGACAUUGGCCAAUGAAUUGAUUAACGCUGUUGAACAGCUGUUGGCUGGUGUUAAAUCUACUUUAGCGAGUGUUGAAGUAGAAAAGUUCAGUAUAGGAAGUGUUGUAGCCCAUCUUGUUCUUACUACAAAAGGACUCUUCACUCAAGAGAUGUAUGAUUUAUUAAAAAGAACCAUUGAGUCUGGAAAACUGGGAAACUUAAACGUUGACCUUGUUGACUCACCUUCUAAAAUUCGUGUGAUAAGCAAGAUUUCUCAACCCAGCAUGAGUCCUGAGACAACUGAGAUUCCUGAUGUAAGCGAGACUUCUCCAUCCAACAUGAGUCCUGAGACAACUGAGAUUCCUGAUAUAAGCGAGACUUCUCCACCCAACAUGAGUCCUGAGACAACUGAGAUUCCUGAUGUAAGCGAGACUUCUCAACCCAACAUGAGUCCUGAGACAACUGAGAUUCCUGAUAUAAGCGAGACUUCUCAACCCAACAUGAGUCCUGAGACAACUGAGAUUCCUGAUAUAAGCGAGACUUCCACACCCAACAUGAGUCCUGAGACAACUGAGAUUCCUAAUAUAAGCGAGACUUCCACACCCAACAUGAGUCCUGAGACAACUGAGAUUCCUAAUAUAAGCGAGACUUCCACACCCAACAUGAGUCCUGAGACAACUGAGAUUCCUGAUAUAAGCGAGACUUCUCCAUCCAACAUGAGUCCUGAGACAACUGAGAUUCCUAAUAUAAGCGAGACUUCCACACCCAACAUGAGUCCUGAGACAACUGAGAUUCCUGAUAUAAGCGAGACUUCUCCAUCCAACAUGAGUCCUGAGACAACUGAAGUUCCUGAUAUAAGCGAGACUUCUCCACCCAACAUGAGUCCUGAGACAACUGAGAUUCCUGAUAUAAGCGAGACUUCUCCACCCAACAUGAGUCCUGAGACAACUGAGAUUCCUGAUAUAAGCGAGACUUCCACACCCAACAUGAGUCCUGAGACAACUGAGAUUCCUGAUAUAAGCGAGACUUCUCCACCCAACAUGAGUCCUGAGACAACUGAGAUUCCUGAUAUAAGCGAGACUUCUCCACCCAACAUGAGUCCUGAGACAACUGAAGUUCCUGAUAUAAGCGAGACUUCUCCACCCAACAUGAGUCCUGAGACAACUGAGAUUCCUGAUAUAUCCACCCAACAUGAGUCCGAGACUUCUCAACCCAACAUGAGUCCUGAGACAACUGAGAUUCCUGAUAUAAGCGAGACUUCCACACCCAACAUGAGUCCUGAGACAGCUGAGAUUCCUGAUAUAAGCGAGACUUCUCAACCCGGAAUGAUUCCUGAGACAACUGAGAUUCCUGAUGUAAGCACAAAUCCUAGUUCUGCAUCUGGUGAUGAUUAUGAAAACGAGUGUCUUUGCGCUCACAAUCAAAAGAGAACAGCUCACGGUGUUCCUACUUUAACAUGGUCUACACAAAUCACUUCAUCUGCACAGAAAUUCGCCAAUAAGUUAGCUGCAACCGACACUGGUGAUCUUUACCAUGAGCCGUCAACUUAUGGUGAAAAUAUCUACACGGAGUUUGGUGAUAUUUUGAUAAACAAACGUGGAUCUUGCUCUAAAGCUGUUGAUAGUUGGUACAAUGAAACACGACUUUAUGAUUUCAAUAAUCCCGGUUAUUCUGAAAACAUUGGCCAUUUUACGCAGGUUGUAUGGAAGACAACCAUACAGUGUCGCUCGUUAUUCCCCCCCUGGAAACAUACUAGAUCAUUUUCAGGAGAAUGUUCCUCCGCCUUUGUCCGGUUCACCAGCUUUCCAAGUAUUGAAUGUACUGCUGGAGAAAAGCCUUCAAAUACUGUAGACCAAACUAAUCCCACCGUUACCCCCAAUCCAAAUCAGUUGCAAUCAACACCAUCAACCAACACUGAUACCCUCACAGGACCUACAUCCAGCCCAUCAUCAUCAACACCAUCAUCCAAUACUGAUACCCUCACAGGACCUACAUCCAGCCCAUCAUCAUCAACACCAUCAUCCAAUACUGAUACCCUCACAGGACCUACAUCCAGCCCAUCAUCAUCAACACCAUCAUCCAAUACUGAUACCCUCACAGGACCUACAUCCAGCCCAUCAUCAUCAACACCAUCAACCAACACUGAUACCCUCACAGGACCCACAUCCAGCCCAUCAUCAUCAACACCAUCAACUAACACUGAUACCCUCACAGGAUCCACAUCCAGACCAUCAUCAUCAACACCAUCAACUAACACUGAUACCAUCACAGGACCUACAUCCAGCCCAUCAUCAUCAACACCAUCAUCCAAUACUGAUACCCUCACAGGACCUACAUCCAGCCCAUCAUCAUCAACACCAUCAUCCAAUACUGAUACCCUCACAGGACCUACAUCCAGCCCAUCAUCAGCACCAUCAACCAAUACUGAUACUCUCACAGGACCUACAUCCAGCCCAUCAUCAUCAACACCAUCAACCAACACUGAUACCCUCACAGGACCUACAUCCAGCCCAUCAUCAUCAACCCCAUCUACCAAUACUGAUACUCUCACAGGACCUACCUCCAGCCCAUCAUCAUCAACACCAUCAACCAACACUGAUACCCUCACAGGACCUACAUCCAGACCAUCAUCAACACCAUCAACCAACACUGAUACCCUCACAGGACCUACAUCCAGCCCAUCAUCAUCAACACCAUCAUCCAAUACUGAUACCCUCACAGGACCUACAUCCAGCCCAUCAUCAUCAACACCAUCAUCCAAUACUGAUACCCUCACAGGACCUACAUCCAGCCCAUCAUCAUCAACACCAUCAUCCAACACUGAUACCCUUACAGGACCUACAUCCAGACCAUCAUCAUCAACGCCAUCAACCAACACUGAUACACUCACAGGACCUACAUCCAGCCCAUCAUCAUCAACACCAUCAACCAACACUGAUACCCUCACAGGACCUACAUCCAGCCCAUCAUCAACACCAUCAACCAAUACUGAUACCCUCACAGGACCCACAUCCAGACCAUCAUCAUCAACGCCAUCAACCAACACUGAUACCCUCACAGGACCUACAUCCAGACCAUCAUCAUCAACACCAUCAACCAACACUGAUACCCUCACAGGACCUACAUCCAGCCCAUCAUCAACACCAUCAACCAAUACUGAUACCCUCACAGGACCCACAUCCAGCCCAUCAUCAUCAACACCAUCAACCAAUACUGAUACCCUCACAGGACCCACAUCCAGCCCAUUAUCAUCAACACCAUCAACCAAUACUGAUACCCUCACAGGACCUACAUCCAGCCCAUCAUCAUCAACACCAUCAACCAACACUGAUACACUCACAGGACCUACAUCCAGCCCAUCAUCAACACCAUCAACCAAUACUGAUACCCUCACAGGACCCACAUCCAGCCCAUCAUCAUCAACACCAUCAACCAACACUGAUACCCUCACAGGACCCACAUCCAGCCCAUCAUCAUCAACACCAUCAACCAACACUGAUACCCUCACAGGACCUACAUCCAGCCCAUCAUCAACACCAUCAACCAAUACUGAUACCCUCACAGGACCUACAUCCAGCCAUCAUCAUCAACACCAUCAACCAAUACUGAUACCCUCACAGGACCCACAUCCAGCCCAUCAUCAUCAGGACCCACAUCCACCAUCAAUCCAAUACUGAUACCCUCACAGGACCCACAUCCAGCCCAUCAUCAUCAACACCAACACUGAUACCCUCACAGGACCCACAUCCAGCCCAUCAUCAUCAACACCAUCAACCAACACUGAUACCCUCACAGGACCUACAUCCAGCCCAUCAUCAUC